AUGUUGGGUCGUUCGUUUAAACUUUGUGUUUCCACAAACGCCCGUGGGAUCGAUUUUCUCCGCAACCGUUUCACCAAUAAGUCAACCGCGUUCACACGGAAGGAACGAGAACACCUCGGUGUUGUUGGGCUACUUCCACCCGCGGAGGAGACACUUGACGACCAUGUCAAGCGCUGCUGGACACAAUUGACCCAUUUGGAGUACCCAAUCAACAAAUACCAACUCUUACAGGGAAUUCUCAGCACUAAUACUGUUCUUUAUUACAAGAUUGUGGAAACCUACAUGAAGGAAACACUUCCAAUUAUUUACACACCUACAGUGGGAGAGGCUUGUCAAAAAUACGGAAACAUCUUUCAAAGAGACCAUGGACUCUACAUAAGCAUGAAGGAACGUGGGGUGAUCCGGCAGACCCUUGAAAACCUUCGGAAACCUGAGGUUGAAGUUAUUGUAAUAACUGAUGGUUCUCGCAUCUUGGGUCUUGGUGACCUCGGAGCAAACGGUAUGGGCAUCAGCAUUGGCAAAUGUUCACUAUACGUUGCCGCCGGUGGAAUUAACCCGAGCCGCAUCCUACCAGUUAUGAUGGACGUGGGGACAGAUAAUGAAGGACUUCGUGCGGAUCCUCAAUAUCUUGGUUUGCGCCAAAAACGCCCCUCUGACGAGGAUUUCUACGCUUUGUUGGAUGAGUUCAUGGAGGCUGCGAGUGAAGCAUGGCCGGAAGCCGUUAUACAAUUUGAGGACUUCAGCAACAACCAUUGUUUUGAUAUGCUUGAGCGGUACCAAAACAAGUAUCGAUGCUUCAAUGAUGAUAUUCAGGGAACUGGUGCUGUAAUUGCUGCAGGCUUCCUAAAUGCGAUCGAGGCAAGCGGCAUUCCUGCAGAGGAUCAUCGAAUAGUGUUUUUUGGCGCUGGUUCCGCUGCGACAGGUGUGGCCACCUGCAUUGUUGACUUGGUUGCCGCAAAGUACAAAAAGACGUUCGCAGAAGUGCAGAAUAACGUAUAUCUUCUUGAUACCAAGGGUGUCAUAACAACCACGCGUGGCGACAAGUUGGCACCACACAAGGUCCCGUGGGCCCGCACUGAUAUUUCAGCCGAGCAGAGCAAGUCGCUUUCCACAUUGGUGGAUGCUGUGAAGUUUGUAAAACCAACAGCGCUGAUCGGCCUUGGAGCCCAAGGUGGUGUUUUCACUGAGGAUAUUCUAAAGUUUAUGCGAUCAUACUGCGAGAAGCCUGUGAUUUUUGCACUUUCCAACCCCUCAAGCAAAGUGGAGGUUACUCCAGACAACGCCUUCAAGUGGACCGAUGGUAAGGCAAUUGUCGCAACUGGCAGUCCCUUCCCGCCCACAACUCUGAACGGCAAGAAAUAUGAGGCAUCCCAAGGUAACAAUUUGUAUGUUUUCCCCGGUAUUGGACUUGGUUGUGCCAUCGCGCAGCCGAAAAAUAUCCCACAGGAGGUACUCCAAACAGCGGCCGUCACCCUCAGUAAGUUAGUGGAUCGUAAUGUCAUGGCUUCUGAGGGAGCACUGUAUCCAUGUAUUGAUGAAGUGCGUGAAGUGUCGAAACAGGUGGCAGCUGCUGUGAUUGAAAAGUUGCAAGAGAUGGGUUUGGCAAAGGAGGGGUUGCCCACAAGCAAAGGGGAACGAUUGAAAUUGGUGGAGGAACGGAUGUGGACACCCAAAUAUCUUGAACCGGAAUAUUACCUGUCGAAGAAGCUGGAGUAA